CUUAGAAAACUUGGAGAGUAAAACAAUAAGAUAAUUUGUGACUGAACUGUGUAGGCCUAGAGCUGUGCAAUAACAAUAUGAUAAAAACAUUUGGAAUCUGGGACUUACUUUUUGCAUCUUUGGAAUAUUUCUCACAGUGCUAACAAAUGUCCAUUAUAAACUUCAUCUUUGGCAAAUGUUGAUGGAUAUGAUGAAUGACCAAACCAAUUAAGACUCCAGAACUGUAGUGAAUGAAGACGUUUUAUGUAUUGGUACCAAAUGUCAGACUUUCCUAUGCUUGUAGUUUCUGUUAUCUCAAUUGGCACCAAUCCUUUCUUUUAACAGGUUGCUUUUAUAAGUGGAACACGAGUUUGCUGCACAAAGUACAAUGUCUCGAUCCCGGCAGCCCCCCCUUGUGACAGGCAUCUCUCCAAAUGAAGGGAUUCCUUGGACCAAAGUCACAAUUAGAGGGGAGAAUCUGGGUACUGGUCCCACUGACCUUAUAGGCUUGACAAUUUGUGGACAUAAUUGCCUCCUCACGGCAGAAUGGAUGUCUGCAAGUAAAAUUGUCUGUCGAGUGGGACAAGCCAAAAAUGACAAAGGAGACAUUAUUGUCACAACCAAGUCAGGGGGCAGAGGAACCUCAACUGUCUCUUUUAAGCUACUCAAACCUGAAAAAAUAGGCAUUUUGGAUCAGUCUGCAGUGUGGGUGGAUGAGAUGAAUUAUUAUGAUAUGCGGACUGACAGGAAUAAGGGGAUUCCCCCCUUGUCACUCCGUCCUGCGAAUCCUCUCGGCAUUGAAAUUGAGAACCCUGGACCUGGAGUUUUAGAGCAAAAGUGCCAGGACCUGCAACCAGCAGGUAACCUCAGCUACCAACACCAGUGUAAACUUCCUCAGAAGAACUUAGAAGUGUUAUUCCAUGGCAUGAGUGCUGAUUUUACGAGUGAGAAUUUUUCAGCAGCCUGGUAUCUCAUAGAGAACCACUCCAACACCAGUUUUGAGCAGCUCAAGAUGGCAGUUACCAACCUCAAAAGGCAGGCCAACAAGAAGAGCGAGGGUAGUCUAGCGUACGUGAAGGGCGGCCUCAGUACCUUCUUUGAAGCUCAAGAUGCUCUCUCAGCUAUCCAUCAAAAACUAGAAGCAGACGGAACAGAAAAAGUAGAAGGAUCCAUGACACAGAAAUUGGAGAAUGUCCUCAACAGAGCAAGUAAUACUGCUGACACAUUGUUUCAAGAAGUGUUAGGUCGGAAAGACAAGGCAGAUUCCACUAGGAAUGCACUCAACGUGCUUCAGCGGUUUAAAUUUCUCUUCAACCUUCCUCUCAAUAUCAAACGGAACAUUCAAAAGGGGGAUUAUGAUGUGGUUAUUAAUGAUUAUGAAAAAGCCAAAUCGCUCUUUGGGAAAACGGAGGUGCAAGUUUUCAAGAAAUAUUAUGCUGAAGUAGAGGCAGGAAUUGAAGACCUAAGAGAGUUACUUCUAAAGAAACUGCUCGAGACUCCAUCAACCUUACAUGACCAGAAGCGUUACAUAAGGUAUCUUUCUGACCUCCAUGCUCCUGGUGACCCUGCUUGGCAGUGUAUCGGAGCUCAGCACAAGUGGACCCUCAAACUCAUGCAAGACUGCAAAGAAGGCCACAUGAAGAGCCUGAAAGGUAACCCAGGCCCACACAGCCCCAUGCUUGACCUAGAUAAUGAUGUCCGCCCCUCUGUGUUGGGCCAUCUCAGUCAGACAGCAUCACUGAAGAGGGGCAGCAGCUUCCAGUCUGGUCGAGAUGACACAUGGAGGUACAAGACUCCCCACAGAGUGGCAUUUGUUGAAAAAUUAACGAAGCUUGUGUUAAGUCAGCUGCCUAACUUCUGGAAACUCUGGAUUUCAUAUGUUAAUGGAAGUCUGUUCAGUGAGACAGCUGAGAAGUCAGGCCAGAAUGAAAGAUCAAAGAAUGUGAGGCAAAGACAAAAUGAUUUCAAGAAAAUGAUUCAAGAAGUAAUGCACUCCCUGGUGAAGUUGAUCCGGGGAGCCCUGCUCCCAUUCAGCCUCCGAGAAGGGGAUGGGAGACAGUAUGGCGGCUGGGAGGUGCAGGCAGAGCUCUCGGGGCAGUGGCUUGCACACGUUAUCCAGACCAUAAGGCUGACAUAUGAAUCACUGACCGCUCUGGAGAUUCCCAAUGACAUGUUACAGAUUAUCCAGGACCUGAUUUUGGAUCUCCGUAUACGUUGCAUAAUGGUGACGUUGCAACAUACAGCUGAAGAGAUAAAGAGAUUAGCUGAAAAAGAAGAUUGGAUUGUUGAUAACGAAGGACUGACUUCCCUACCAUGUCAGUUUGAACAGAGCAUUGUUCACUCCCUGCAGUCAUUGAAGGGUGUUGUGGAUUGCAAACCUGGAGAAGCCAGUGUCUUUCAGCAGCCUAAAACCCAGGAGGAGGUUUGCCAGUUGUGCAUCAGUAUCAUGCAGGUUUUUAUAUACUGCCUGGAACAACUGAGCACCAAGCCUGAUGCAGACAUAGAUACUACUCAUCUUUCUGUUGAUGUUUCUUCUCCUGAUUUGUUUGGAAGCAUCCAUGAAGACUUCGGUUUGACUUCAGAGCAGAGGCUUUUGAUAGUCCUGAGUAAUUGCUGCUAUUUAGAACGUCACACCUUCCUAAACAUAGCAGAACAUUUUGAAAAGCACAACUUCCAGGGAAUAGAAAAAAUAACACAGGUUAGUAUGGCAUCACUGAAAGAACUGGAUCAACGACUCUUUGAAAAUUACAUUGAGCUAAAAGCAGAUCCUAUUGUUGGAUCCUUGGAAACUGGGAUAUAUGCAGGCUACUUUGAUUGGAAAGACUGUCUGCCUCCAGCAGGUGUCAGAAACUAUUUAAAAGAAGCACUGGUGAAUAUAAUUGCUGUGCAUGCAGAGGUGUUCACUAUCUCCAAAGAACUGGUGCCCCGGGUCCUGGCCAGAGUGAUAGAAGCAGUCUCUGAAGAGCUGAGCCGGCUGAUGCAGUGUGUCUCAUCCUUCAGCAGAAAUGGAGCGCUGCAGGCCAGACUUGAAAUCUGUGCUCUGAGGGACACUGUAGCCAUUUACCUGACCCCGGAGAGCAGGUCUAGUUUUAAACAGGCCCUGGAGGCCCUGCCUCAGCUUGCAAGUGGUGCAGACAAAAAGCUCCUGGAAGAGCUGCUCAACAAGUUCAAGAGCAGUAUGCACUUGCAGCUCACCUGCUUCCAAGCUGCGUCUCCAACAGUGAUGAAGACAUAGACUGUGGAAGAAGAUCCUGUGCCAGACAGACAUCCCAGUCCAAGCACUGCAUUUACCUUCUCUCUUUUCCUCAGCAUGGUGGUGCAGAAAGAUGUUGAUGAGUAUUUCAUUUCAGCCGAUUUAGACUACCAUACAAUUUUGUUAUUACUAGCUUUGGUCCUGUAAGGCUGUGUAGCAUACUCUUCAAAAUGUUUUUUCUUAGCUCUAUGUUUCUUGGUGUGAGUUUUGGGGGCUUCUCCAGCAUGGCCCAAAGCGGCCCAUGGUGUGUGUGAAUGUGCUUCGCAGUGGCGCUCCACCUGGCCUCAGUGUUGGCAGUUUCCAGCCCAGGGGAGGAUAUGAAGUCACAGCUUUUGGAGCUGUCAUAAACUUUAAACCCACCAUUUCAAACAAGUGGUUCUAGGCGCGCUCUCUCUCUCUCUCU